CAAACUGGACGCAGCGAGUGAUGAGGACUGAGAUCGAGGUCCUAAUAUAACUGCGCAAAGGAAAGCUUUAAAGACGAGAGCGCUGACUUUUGGAUUACGCGGUACUUUAACCUGAGGGCAGCUCACGAAGCCAACUUUAAUGGAGUGAGCUGGCAGUAAAUCGAGCAGGGCAGCUCACUACCACACGGCUGAAAAAGCUCCAGAAUCUGUUUUGUGAUGUGACCGCUGGCUGCGCCAAAGCGGCGCUUUUACGCACGAUGGAGGACCUUUUACGCGAGCAGACCAGCUGGCCGCAGAAUGUUUCCUGGAGCAACUCGAGUCGUGGAAACGGCAGUCUUUUAGGAAACACCACGGUGAAUCCCCUGAAGCGAAACGAAGAAGUGGCCAAAGUGGAAGUUACCGUCCUGGUCCUGGUACUGCUGUUCGCUCUAGCCGGCAACCUGUGCGUCCUGUGGGCUAUCCACGCCACCAAGCACAACCAGUCUCGGAUGUAUUACUUCAUGAAGCACCUGAGCAUCGCUGACCUUGUCGUUGCAAUCUUUCAGGUCUUACCACAACUCAUUUGGGAUAUCACAUUUCGCUUCUAUGGGCCGGAUUUGCUGUGCAGGCUGGUUAAAUACCUCCAGGUGGUGGGUAUGUUUGCGUCUACCUACCUGCUCGUCCUGAUGUCCAUCGACAGGUGCUUGGCAAUCUGCCAGCCGCUUCGCCCCGUGCACAAAAGAAAGGAUCGCUUUUACGUGAUCGCCUCUUGGAUGCUCAGCCUGAUCUUCAGCACUCCUCAAGCCUACAUAUUUUCUUUGAGGGAGGUCGGGGACGGUGUGUAUGACUGCUGGGGGGACUUUGUACAGCCAUGGGGUGCCAAAGCAUACAUCACUUGGAUGAGUCUCAGCAUUUACAUUUUCCCAGUGGCGAUUUUAAGCAUCUGCUAUGGCUUGAUAUGUUUUAAAAUAUGGCAAAACUUCAACCUAAAGACCAGAAGAGAGCACUUCCUGGCCCUGACGACAAGGCCCUCCAAAGGCACGCAUCCCCUCUCUCGUGUGAGCAGCGUGAGGCUCAUCUCAAAAGCGAAGAUCCGCACAGUGAAAAUGACAUUUGUGGUAGUCAUUGCCUACAUUGUGUGCUGGACUCCCUUCUUCUUUGUCCAGAUGUGGUCCGCAUGGGAUCCUGCUGCACCAAGAGAAGACAUGGCCUUCAUCAUCGCCAUGUUGCUGGCCAGUCUCAACAGCUGCUGCAACCCCUGGAUCUACAUGUUCUUCGCCGGCCACCUGUUCCAGGACCUGAUGCAGUGCUUCGUCUGCUGCUGUCGACGGUACCUGACAGCCUCCUCCUGCAGCUGUGAUGGACAGUGCAGGCACAAGAGCAGCUCCCCGACAUACGUCAUCAAGAACACGGGCGCCAGAGGAGCCUCUCGCACACAUCCAGCACAGGGGGGCCGGGGCACUGAGAGCAAGCUGAAAGCCAGCCAGGUUUCCUGUGGUCGAGCGAGCCGGCCAGCACGCAAGUCCCCCUUUUUCAGGCAUUGCAUGACCUGCAGCGGUGGCCAUUACAACAUGUUUUGAAUUGAGCUGAGUUUACAGACAAUAUAAACCACCCGUCCAGACAAUACUCUGCAUCCUGUGAUAACACAGAGCAGAACCUUCAUGGACGGGUGCCCUCUGCUUUCCUCUUGGACUCCCUUUGCAGAGGAGUCGUGCACAUCAUAUUGCAGGCUUUAGCAUUUCAAGAUUUAUCCUCCAUCUUCCUGUAAAAACAAUCAUGAGCAUUUUCACAGCUGUUUGCAUGCAUCUGGUCUUUAGCCUUGAAUUUUAAAGUCUCAUUCCAACCAUUAUUGUCCUGAUUUGACCUUAAAAGACAAGCAGUCAUCACAAUGAUUAUAGUAAUGUUUCACAAGGAGAUUUUUUCUACAAAAAGCAUAAUUUCUAACUGCGUUUUAAGAGAGGCAGGAGUUCGGUAUGUUACCAAAAUAUCUUUGCUCUGUGUAAAUGGGCUCUAAUUAAGUUCCUGUAAUGAUUGUUUAGCCCUUUAAAGCAGCAUUACUUUGUGUAUAAGUAUUAUUAUAUUAUAAUCAUGGUAAAAUCACAAUGUUGAUAUGCAUGAAUGAUAUUAAGGUUAUUAAGAUGCAACCCUGACUCAAAAAAACAGUUGGGACGCUGUGUAAAACAUAAAUAAAACAAAUAAAAUGUAAUAAUUGGCGGAUCCUUUUUGACAUAUACUCAAUUGAAAACAGUACAAAGACAAUAUAUUCAUAU